AGUUUUUCCUUGCGGUGCGUUUUUGACGUCGUUUCGACCAGCCUCGUGUAUCUAGACCACGCUUGGCGACUCGUGCCCUCCAUGAAGCGCACUCAAUCCUCCGAGUCCUCGCCCUCGAGCAGCCCGCACAAAUCAAAAAAGGCCAAAACGUCGGCACCUGUCUCGCACGGGCUUGUUCAAGAACAAGAAGACGGUGGCACCUCUGGUACUGGCUCGGGCGACCAGUGGACAAAAGUGGAAAAGAGAAAGGGAAAGAAGAUGAAGAAGACGGGCGUAAAGCUUGACGCUGCUCCGCCGAAGUUUAUGUAUGUGGGCAAUGAGAUCGUGAAGCGCAAAGAGGCAGUAACAGUUUCGGAUAUUCGCGACUUUGUGCUCCACAUCAUCGCAGACGCCCCGCCAUGCUCCUGGAUCCGCGUCGACAAUCCUCACUCGAUCCAAAAAGUAGUCGUCCUCCUCAUCCCCGGCCUAACCCACACAGUCCUCUCCCUCCCUCCCCUUCCCACAUCCGCAACCUCAAACCCUAACCUUCCUAUCUCAUUACCUUUACCACCAUCACCUUCUUCAACUCCCUCCCCGACAUCUGCCCCGAUAGCUAUGGAGCUGGACGGCGAUGCGCGAGAACUAGGACACGAACGAGAAGAAGAGGCGGCGGCGUGUGGUGGGGUUCCGUUCAUCUGCCGGACGUUCAGUCAUGCGUUGCCUACGAAGGCACCGGGUGAAGCGACGAAGAUGCAUUCGGUCUUGAGUUCGUUUUUUCAGGGUCCCGUUAGUGGAGAGGAGAAGAGGAAGCGUGUCAUUGCGCGGAUAGCUUCUGAACGCCGCGAAGAAAAGAAUCCCACGCUCUACCUCCUCAAACUCGAACAAAUGAUCGAGAACGACUAUCCUAUCCCAUCCUACUUGGCCGAUGUCUUCCAAAAACCAGAAGGAUGGGUAGAGACGCCGGAGCCGCAGAUGUACUCGCUCUUGGAAAAGCAGCCUACUGCUACUGCGAAGAUCUACGCGAUUGAUUGCGAGAUGUGUUUGACCGAAGACGGGAAGGAAUUGACGAGGGUCUCCGUGAUUGAUUAUAAGACGGGCAAGGUCGAAUACGAUACUCUCGUCAAACCCUCCAAACCCAUCAUCGACUACCUCACUCGCUGGUCCGGCAUAACCCCCGCCGCCCUCGCCCCCGUAACCACCACCCUCCGCCAAGUGCAAACCCGUCUCCUCUCCCUCCUCUCCGCAAAACCGACCCCCAUCCUCCUCGGACACUCCCUUGAAUCCGACCUCAAAGCCCUAAAGCUCUGUCACCCAAAAUGCAUCGACACGGCGAUCAUAUAUCAUCAUCCAAGGGGAAGGCCACUCAAGCCCGGCUUGGCGUGGUUGACGAAGAAGUGGUGUGGGAGGGAGAUACAGGUUAGGGGGGAGGGGGGACAUGACUCCGAGGAGGACGCGAGGGCUUGUAUGGAGUUGUUGAAGAGGAAGGUGGAGAAUGGCAUGGGCUACGGUGAAUUCCGCACAGAUUUUGAGUCCAUCUUCGAGCGCAUGUCUCGCUCCGCGGGUCACGCAGGCACGCCGAACAACACCAUCCGCACCGCCGUCGUGGACCACGGAAACCCGGCGACAUGGCACGGCUCGAAGGCGACGACGACGGUGCCGUGUAAUACGGACGAGGAAGUGUAUGAGGGCGUGAAGGAGAUGCUCGGAUCGCAUGAGUUUGUGUUCGGGAGGUUUACCGGGUUGGCGGAUGCGCUUGGGUGGAUCACGCCUAAAGCCGCUCCGACCACUGAGCCCGCACCUGCAGCACCAACAGCCCCCUCAACAUCCUCCAUUCCACCUACACCCUCAGCUUCGGCUGACUUCAUUCCCCCUUCAGUCCCACAACCCCUCCCACCCGUCCUCUCCUCCCUCGAAUCCCGUCUCUCAUCCCUCCACGCCUCCCUCCCUCCACGAACCGCCUUCCUCAUCUUCUCAGGGCACUCCGACCCGCGCAAAAUGUCGGCUCUGAACGCGAAGAAGCAGGCAUUUGAGACGAGGGUCAGGGAAAGGAUGAGGGGCGGAGAAGCGUUGGUGGAUGGGUAUAAUCCGGCGGGGGAGGGUGGGGAGGGAGAGGGAGAGUUGGUGUGGAGGAGUCAGGAUGCGCGGAUGUUGGAGGAGGAGGUGGAGAAGGCGAAGAGGGGCUUGGCGUUUUUCAGUGUGAAGGUUUGAAGGUGAGAAUACUCGAGGUAGGACGAGGCUUGGAUGUUUGUUUUAUUCUGGUUCACGAAUAUCAGACGUGCGUUCAUCGUUGUGGC